CCCUCCCCUCCGCUCUCCCUUCCCAAAAAGCAUUGGGGUUUUAGUGGGGUGGUAGCUGAAGAGCCCACCAAUGGCGUCGUACGGUAGCAGUGGCGGAGGCGGCGACCGCGUGCCCGGGGUGGGCGUGCUCGCCGAGGCGGUGGACGGGCUCGAGAUCGGCGGCGACGGGGAGAGGCGGCUGGACAAGUACGACAUCCCGGUGGAGGUGAGCGGGGAGGGCGCGCCGGCCCCCGCCGACGGGUUCGAGGCGGCCGGGCUGGCGGAGGCCGUGCUCCGGAACGUGGCGCGCUGCGGCUACGACAACCCCACGCCCGUGCAGCGCUACGCCAUGCCGAUCGUCAUGGCCGGGAGGGACCUCAUGGCGUGCGCGCAGACCGGGUCCGGGAAGACGGCCGCGUUCUGCCUCCCCGUCGUGAGCGGCCUGGUGGUGCCGCCGGCGGGAGGAGGGAGCGGGUACGGGUACGGACGGCGAGACAGGGGCUCGUUCGAUCGCGUCGCCAAGCCACGAGCACUCGUCCUCGCGCCCACCAGAGAGCUUGCAGCACAGAUUAACGAGGAGGCCAGGAAGUUUUCUUUCCAAACGGGACUCAGAGUCGUGGUAGCUUAUGGGGGAACACCAAUGUAUAACCAGCUGCGUGAUCUAGAGAGGGGUGUUGAUCUUCUUGUGGCUACACCUGGACGCCUUGUGGACAUGGUUGAGCGAUCACGGAUCUCGCUUGAGGGAAUUAAGUACCUGGUAAUGGAUGAGGCUGACAGAAUGCUGGAUAUGGGAUUUGAGCCUCAGAUAAGAAAGAUAGUUGACAUGAUGAAUAUGCCAAAAAAGUCUGUAAGACAAACUAUGCUCUUCAGCGCAACUUUCCCCCCUGAAAUACAGAGGCUGGCUUCUGAUUUCUUGUACAAUUACAUAUUUGUUACUGUCGGGAGGGUUGGGUCAAGCACUGACCUGAUUGAGCAGAAACUUGAGUUUGUUAAUGAUGGGGAGAAAAGAGGCUUCCUGAUAGACCUUUUGCAGAAGCAAUCUGCUGGUGUGGCCAAUAGCAAGCUGCAGCAACCCCUAACAUUGGUCUUUGUGGAGACGAAGCGGGAAGCUGAUUCACUGAGGUAUUUUCUACAGUCAAAAGGUUUCCCAGCAACAGCAAUCCAUGGUGACAGAACACAACAGGAGCGGGAGAGCGCACUGAAAUCCUUCAAGAGUGGCACCACUCCUAUAAUGGUCGCCACUGAUGUAGCUUCAAGGGGUCUGGAUGUCCCGAACGUGGCUCAUGUGAUCAAUUACGAUCUCCCCAAGAGCAUCGAGGAUUACGUCCACAGGAUCGGAAGAACUGGGAGAGCUGGAAAGGCUGGGAUUGCCACCGCUUUCUUCACCGAGUCGAACCACCCCCUGGCAAAGGGCCUGCUGGAGCUGAUGACUGAGGCGAAGCGGGAUGUGCCUGAGUGGCUCGUGGAGUAUGCAAACAGGCCGUGCUAUGGAGGGUCCAGCUAUGGCGGAAGAGGCCGAAGGGGCGGCGGAGGGUUUGGCGGAAGAGACUAUCGACGCAGCAGUGAUUAUGGCUAUGGGGUUGACGAUAGUGGCUAUUCCAGCCGCGGUGGCAGCUACUCUGGUGGUGGCGGCUAUUCCAGCCGCGGUGGCAGCUACUCUGCCGGCGGUUCUCGUGGUGGUCGCGCAAACUAUAGUGGUGGUGGAGCUUCCUACGGAUCAAGUGCUCCUCCUCCCCGGUACUACCCGUCGUACCCCAUGGGCACCACUGACAUCAGCGCCUCUGGCUGGGACUAGUCAAUGCCCACGCGUAUCCUUAAUGCACAUGCCAUAUAGAUACUUUAUAUAUAUAGCCCUACGUCUGUAGUAGCUCGGUCUUUCUCUGGUCCUUUUGCCUUGCCGGCCCUCGUCUAGUCCUGUCAUAUAUACAUUGCCAUGGCCCUGUUGCACAGGGGCAAGCUUGGCGGUCGGGAACUUUGGGGUGCCUUUUUGUGUCAGUGUGGUGUGAGUGUUGCGACGAUGAACCCACUUGGUGGUUGGUUGGACUCGAAGGUUAUACAUAUGCAUAACAUUGGCUGUAACGGUGGCAAGUGAUACUGCUGUUUUUGGUAUUCAAUCCAAGAGCUGUCCAGUACUUGCUGGUACUCUGAAUCUCUGAUGAAAGAUGGAAUGGGUAGUUUGGUUUCUGGAGUUCUA